AUGACAGGAUCCAAUGGCCAAACCGUCUCAACCAUCGACAAACGAGACUUCGACUCUCACCGUCCUCUGUUAGAUGGGUUCGAUGCCGGCGGUGACGCGGAGGAGCACGGAGCUAUCCGCUCACGACCAGUAUCAAGACUCGCCGCGGCCAACGACGAGGACGGGCUGCUAAACGAUGUGGUCGAAGAGAUCCUCGAACGCGAUCGCAAGAAGAUGGCCAGAGAAGUCGUCCGAAUUGGCAGCUUCGCCUGGGGAGUGAUUACCUGUCUGGGAGCUGGGAGCAUCACAGCCUUUUCUCUCUAUGGUCCCCUUCUGCUGACCCGCCUUCAUUACACCCAGCUUCGGGUCAACGCGGUCUCGAUCGCCGCGGAGGUCUCGAUGUACCUCCCAGUUCCCCUGUUUGGGUACCUCUGCGACCGAUACUCUCCGUCUCCUCUGGCUUUGCUCUCGGGGAUCGUGUUCGGGGCCGGCUACCUGCUAGCUGCCUUUGCCUACCGGAGCGGACCGCCGCCCGAUGCCGGUGGCCAAGGCUGGCCUUUCUGGGUGAUGAUUGUGGCUUUCAUCGCCAUUGGCACCGCCACCAGCUGCAUGUAUCUGGCUGCCGUGACGACAUGCGCGAAGAACUUCGGCCGCGGCAAGCACAAGGGGAUCAUGCUGGCCGUUCCGAUUGCCGGGUUUGGACUUAGUGGCAUGUGGCAGAGUCAGGUGGGAACAUACUUGCUCUAUGAACGCAAUGAGGAUGGUAGCCGUGGCGAUGUCGAUGUGUACAGGUAUUUUGUCUUCCUCGCUCUGCUGUUGCUUUGCAUCGGCGUCGUCGGUACGUUCGCCCUGAAGAUCGUGGAGGAAGAUGAAGAGAAAUUCAUCGAUGACGCGGUGGAGGAACUCGAGAGGAGCGGGCUCCUCGAAGAAAGUGAGUUCUUCCGAUCGAGAGAUGAGGUCCGAUCGGCGUACGGGACAUUCUCACAGGCAGACGAUGUGGGCGACUCGGACGAGGAACGCACACUUGCACGGUCGGAAGAGGAGCUGGAAGCAGCAAGACUGGACAAGCAGAGGGAAGAGGAGGAACGCAGAAAGAAGAAUUGGCUUUUGAACUACGAGACCAAGGUUUUUCUUGCAGACCGGUCCAUGUGGUGGCUUGCAGUGGGCUUCUUCUUGGUUACUGGACCUGGCGAGGCCUACAUCAACAACCUGGGCACAAUUGUACAAACCCUAACCCCCAUCUCCACCCUCCCCAAUGCCCCGUCCCCCGCGGGCCUCCCCUCCACGCACGUCACCACCGUCGCCUUGACCUCGACGAUCGCCCGACUGCUCACCGGCUCACUCUCCGACUUUUUCGCCCCGCACGCCCGUCACCUGUUGCCCGGAGGCAAUCCGGACAUCAAUCGGCCGGCGUCCCCAACGGACCCCCGCAACCGAGUCACCUUCACCCGCCUUGUGUUUCUUCUCCCCUCCGCGUUCCUCCUCUCCCUGGGCUACCUCCUCCUCGCCUCCCCGCUGCCUCUCGACUACCCGGCCCUCACCCACAUCACGACCGCCCUGGUCGGCCUCGGCUACGGCAGCGCCUUCUCCCUCGUGCCCAUCAUCAUCUCCGUGGUCUGGGGCGUGGAGAACUUCGGCACGAACUGGGGCAUCGUCGCGAUGGUCCCUGCCGCCGGCGCCGCGGCCUGGGGCCUGAUCUACUCGCGCGGCUACCAGGACGCCACGGACGGCGGGAGCGGCACGGCCGACGGCCAGUGUCAUGGCUGGUCGUGCUACGGGUUCUGGGCGGUGGGAUGCACCGUGAGCGUCUGGGUGGCCAUCGGAGCCUGGUUGGUGGCCUGGCGGCAUUGGCGGAGACGGGGGGUUGUAGUUUGA